UUCACUCAUUGCCAUGGCAGCAAGAAGCUAGCUAGUCGACUAGCGACAGCAAUGGACAACAGGAUGCGAAUAUUCCCCGGCGGGGCGCAGCCUGUUUCUUCUGUCAGCCCGUUUGCCGUCAACGAAGCCGACCAAGGGGUCGUCGAGACGCGACCCGGGAAUCGACAGAACCCCGCCGGGAGCCAGGCGAGAGAGCUCCAGGUGACCGGGACGGCGGAGGUUAGCUACCCGGCCGAUAGAGCCUCGGUGCGGCUCAGUGUGGGCAACAGCAAGGCGACCGUCAACGAGGUCACCAGCAGCGUGUCACGACGGCUGGAAUACAUUUUGCAAGCUGUCAGACAACAUGGAGUCAAAGACGACGACGUCACUGUGAGGAAAUUCCUCCACCGGGACGAAGAAGUGUAUCACAUGAAUGUAGAGGUGACUGUCACUUUCUCAGACUUUGACAAAAUGGAGCAGGCGUGUAGCGUCUUGCUGGAGAAACUGGACAGGAGCGUCUCAGUGGGACAGCCUCGUUUUUUCCACAGCGCAGACUGUCUGAACCGCGUCAGGCAGAGUGCAUGUGUUUUGGCUGUGGAGAACGCUCAGCAGAAGGCCAGCAGAGUCAGCCAGCUGCUGGGACAAAGCCUGGGGGCGCCCACCCUGGUGCGAGAGGACGAGACGCGGGAGUGGAGGAGCCAUGAAGAGGAUGAGGAGGAUGAAGGUGGUGGAGGAAGGCAGGGCCAAGAUGCCACCUCCACCCAGGCCGCUCUCCUACCUCGCAUACCUUGUGUCUCCGCCUCCUCGCGGGUGUCCGUCUACUUCCGAAUGCGUGAUGGAAAUAGGAAGAAAUACUAAAAAAAAACAAAACAAAAAAAAGUUUUCUAUUUUAAAGGUAAGAUUUAGGACACAUUUUUAAAGCCAAUACAAUUUUCCCCCACUAUAUCGCGGUUCAUCAUUUGUGCCUCUGCUAUAUCAGAUUUUUCAGCAAUCAUUUUUUGAAGGGUUUUUACAGUAUACAGGCAAGUCUGAAUUUUCGAUGUAGUACCAUGUUGUGCCACAACAUGCCAGGCAGCACUAGUCUACUGGAAGAGAGGCAGUGCAAAAUAAGGCACAGAAAGUCCCCAACUAAACUAUCGUUCUAGUUGUCGUUCCCAAAAAGCAGAACGCAUGCCCGUGAGUUUUGUUGUAUGCUCUUUUUGUGUUGCUGCUCAGUAUGUGUUAAAGUAGCAUUUCUGUGACGGUUCAUAAUUACCGUAAGGUGUUUCACAUUAUAUGUUAGCAUUAGGCCAACGAACACCUUUGCCUGAGAAAUGCCCCCACUAGCUAAAUGCUAACACUUAACGGAAAGCGCCAUGGACCUGCUAACGAUUUGCAUCGAUAGUAGUGGUGUGAACAUAAACAGUCUCACAACACAUCUCAACAGGCAAUAUCCCAAUACAGGCAUGUAUUUUUUAAUCCUCUGCGAAAAAACAACUAAUAUUAUUGCAGCUUAUUCGUCAUUGAGAGCCGUGGUGACUCGUCAUGACUAUUAUCCUGCGCAUACCAGAAGGAGCAGCACAAUGUAUUGAAUUAAAUCAUAUCAUGAUGCAGAAACUGUUUAAUUAUUUAUAUCAUUUAUAUUAUACGGUGCUAUUUUCCUUAUUAAAUAACACAAGCCAGAACUGA